AUGGCCCGUGCAAGGAUGCAAUCGGCUGUCGAACCGCCUCCGGUGUACUUUUCUGCCGACGACACUUGUCAUGUCCAGCAUAAAUCUAAGGGGUAUUCAAGACAAGUGAUGCCGCCCCCUUUCAGAUCAGUCGAUGGGCCCGAGGUGCCGACAGAUGACACAAUGAUAUUGUUGGAUGUCUCUGGAUCGAUGAACUUUGACCCUGUUCGCCCGGUCUAUAAUCAAUUUCUUAUACAAGACUAUGUUGCCUCCACACAGCCCAAAAACAAAGGUAAUGCCGAAUAUUACGAGCUGUCUUGUAGUAGAACUAACAUUGUACUCGAAUAG